AUGGCUCCUACUUCUUGCUCAAGGAAUGAGUUCAACCCCACCGAUGAUGAACUCAUUCAAUUGUUUCUUUACAAUAAGAUCAAUGGGAACCCAUUGCCUAAAGAUGUUACUAUUCUUGAAUAUGACUUAUUUGGUAUAAAGAACCCUUGGGAGAUUUGGGAAGACUUUGCAGGUUCACAUUCUUAUCAUGGAACUGACCUUUAUUUCUUCACCACCCCAAAGAAAAAGUUCUCCACUUGGUCACGCUCGGUUCGCACCAUUGAGUGUGGUUCAUGGGAAGGUGAAGACAGUGGAAAAAUUGUUGUGGCUAAUGGCACGAAGCAAUGUGUUGGGGUAAAGAGACGUUUACGUUUUGAAAAGAGUGGCACCGACAAUGAUGGUGCUUGGAUCUUGCAUGAAUAUAGCAUUGAUUCAUCAUUGUUAAACAAUUCAUCUGCCAACAAUUAUGUUCUAUGCAGGUUAAGAAAGAAUAUACGACAUGAUGAUUAUAACAAAAAGAAUUUAAAUAGAACUAGGCAAGAAGAGAUCAAGGUGACCCAACAAAGGAAGAGAGUUGUUCUUGGACUUCGAGCUCCCACCGCAUAUGUCGAUAGGAAUGUUUGUUCGGGGGAAGACAUUCAUCAAGAACCAAGAAAACAAGUUGAAUGUGGAGACAAGAGAACCAAAGAGGUUAUGAUUUCCGCAAGAACUGAGUUGGUAUAUAAGGAAGACGAAGAUGAUGAUCUCACCAUGAUUUGGCCAGAGUUAUUUUCGUUGCAGUUGAGAAAGGCUAAUGGAGGCUUAGUCCAAGAGAAAGAGAUCCAAAUGCUUCCCAAUACAUUUUACUAUGAGUUGUUGUUGGAGAGGUUACCGCCAUUCUACAUAUGA